ACCGCACUGUAUGAGCGAGCGCUCGCUGGAAAAGUUUGGGAACACUGUGAAUGUAUGAAUCCAUGGGGGAUUUAACAACAACAAAAGGAGAACAACAGGAAUACAGUUUAUGCUGCGGUUAGUGCAAUCGUUUUCAUCGAACGUUAAAAAAUGACCGUAAAGGACACUGAAAGAUCGUUUGUGCCCUAGAAUCUAGUUUGUGUCAUCCACUAAUCCGCCUGGAAAGUUAGUUUAGUCGGAGCGAAGGAGAAAAAAAAACUGCCGAGGAAAUGGCGGAAACCAAAAUAAUUUACCAUAUCGACGAGGAGGAGACGCCGUACCUGGUGAAGAUCCCCAUCUCCUCUGAGGAGAUCACACUGUUGGACUUCAAACAAGUUCUUAAUAAACCCAACUAUAAGUUCUUCUUCAAGUCCAUGGAUCAGGACUUCGGUGUUGUGAAAGAAGAGAUAUCAGACGACUCGGCAAAGCUCCCCUGCUUUAAUGGAAGAGUGGUGUCAUGGUUGGUGUCUUCAGAAAGCGCUGCAGUAGAAGUGGCAGCACCUCCAGCCCCAGUUCCAGAAGUCCGGCCAGAACCCUCACCCCCUCCGCCGCCUCUUCCCCCUCCACCUGCAGAGCGGCCUGGCGGCAACGGAGACUCAAGACCCCCUUCCUUUCAUCCUAAUGUGGCCAGUAGUGUGGAGACUCUGGACGAGACAACAGAAACCGAAUCAGUUCUGUCAUUCAGAAGAGAGAGACCCAGACGCAGAGAGAGCUUGGAGCAGCAUGGGGCACGUGUGAAUGGUCAGACACGGUUAGAACGCCACCUGGCAGGUUAUGAAAGCUCCUCUACCAUGAUGAGCAGUGAACUGGACACCACCAGCUUCUGUGACUCAGAUGAUGAUGACACCAUGAGCAGGUUUAGUUGUUCGACAGAACAGAGUACGGCCUCCAGAUUGUUGAAGAGACACCGCAGACGCAAGAAACAGCGCCCUCCCAGACUAGAACGGGCAUCAUCAUUCAGCAGUGUGACUGAUUCCACAAUGUCCCUCAACAUCAUCACUGUCACACUCAACAUGGAGAAGUAUAAUUUCUUGGGCAUCAGUAUUGUGGGUCAGAGUAAUGAGCGGGGUGAUGGAGGCAUCUACAUCGGCUCUAUUAUGAAGGGUGGAGCUGUGGCUGCAGAUGGUAGAAUAGAGCCUGGAGACAUGCUGCUGCAGGUGAAUGAUAUAAACUUUGAGAACAUGAGUAAUGAUGAUGCCGUGAAGGUUCUGAGAGACAUUGUACACAAACCUGGACCCAUCAUCCUGACAGUAGCUAAGUGUUGGGACCCGUCACCCCAAGGAUACUUCACACUGCCCCGCAGUCAGUCUUCAUUUUACUAUGAGCCGAUUCGACCCAUUGACCCUGCAGUGUGGGUGAGUCACUCUGUGGCCAUGAGUGGUGGAGCGUACCCUCCCUACCCACCCAGCACUAUCACAUCCAGCUCAUCUGUAACAGAGACAGAGAGAUUUGAUGAGUUCUCGCUCUCCCUGCGCUCUGACAUGGCAUCGAUUGCUAAAGCCAUGGCCUCUCCUGACUCUGGUCUGGAAGUCAGAGACAGAAUGUGGCUGAAGAUCACCAUCCCCAACGCAUUCCUGGGUUCUGAUGUGGUCGAGUGGCUUUAUCACCACAUCGAGGGCUUCCAGGACAGACGAGAGGCUCGUAAAUAUGCCAGCAACCUCCUGAAAGCUGGCUUUAUCAGACACACAGUCAACAAGAUCACCUUCUCAGAGCAGUGCUACUAUGUGUUUGGAGACUUCAGCGACUGCGAAAACUAUAUGGCAAACCUCUCUCUGAAUGAUAACGAUGGUUCCAGUGGAGCAUCUGACCAGGACACUCUGGCACCAUUGCCCUUGCCAGGAGCCACACCCUGGCCCUUGAUGCACACCUUCCCUUACCAGUACCCACAGCCCUACCCCAGCCAGCCCCCUCCCUACCAUGAGCUCACCAGCUAUAGCUACACACCAGGAAGUGCUGGUAGUCAACACAGUGAAGGAAGCCAUAGCAGUGGUUCAACGCGUAGUGAGGGCGAGCGAAGGCGGAGCAGUAAAGGAGGCGGCAGCACCAGCGGUCGAGAUGAAAAAUCCCCCAUAGGAGGUGGUGGCGCUGACUCCCGAUCUGGCAGCGGCAGCGAAUCGGAAUACUCCGUCCGGAGCAGUCGGAGGCGGGAGCACGGUUCCGCCACACCCAGCGAGCACAGCCUCAGUCUGAGCCAGCGGUCACAUCACAGAGUUCAGCCCACCCACCUGGCUCCAUAUCCUCCAGGUAUCCCCAUCUCCUACAACCCCAUGAUGGUCAUGAUGGUUCCACAGCACCCCCACCCUCAUCCAGCCCUGGGUGGCCCCAUUCCCACCCUGCCCACUGGGGCCACUCUUCAUGCCCUGCCUCCUUCAACACCUGGCGGCCCACCUGGAGCUCCUCCCACCAGGGAUCUGGGAUCUGUUCCUCCUGAGCUCACCGCAUCCAGACAGUCCUUUCAUCUGGCCAUGGGGAACCCCAGCGAGUUCUUUGUGGACGUUAUGUAGUGGGAUGAAGGCGAAGGAAUGUGGUUGAAAUGUGAAAUUAUUGGCAUAGUUCACCUGUAAUGAAAAGUCUGUCAUUAUUUACGCACCCUCAAGUUGUUCCAAACCUGUAUGACUUUGUUUUGUGGUGGAACACAAAUGGAGAUUUUUCCAUUGUAUGGAAAAAAGAUGCAAUGAAAGUGAAUUUUGAAUGAGGGUCUCAUUCUGCCUAACAUCCACUUUUAUGUUGCUUGGAAUAAAGAAAUGACAGAAUUUUCAUUUUUUGGUGAACUAUCAGUUUUACUGACUGAGACAACAGAGAGCGCAAAAAGCCAAAACAAAUCAAGUGUCCCGUGGGUUUUCAAAGGAGUCGGUCUAAUUUCCAGAGGACGCUUUUUUAAAUGUUUGUUUUUGUAAACUAAUCGCAGUCAUUUUCUUUUUGCUUGUCCCGUGAUUAAUUGUAUGUACGCUACUUUUACAAAUAAACAUUCACCGGUACUGCUAACAUUACAGAUUGAGUAUGCUACCAAUGAGCUGAAUGUCGUGCUUUUGUAAUACAAACGGAGCCGAGAUUUUGUUUGUUCCAAAUCUGGACAAAAACAAGGUACAGUAGAGGUACGGUGAUAGGAACUACUCCUUUUUCUGUCUAGUUGUUCAAGCAAAUCUGCAUAUUUGUAAAGUUAAUGAAAUCUUCCGCAUCACUGUAUGUAAUGCACAAUAGUAUAUGCAUGUGGUGAUGUGUAAUGUACCUUUUUUUUUUACUCACAGGUUGUUCAAACAGGGUGCUUAAAGGGAUAGUUCACCCAAAAAUGAAAAUUCUCUCAUCAUUUAUUCACCCUCAUGCAAUCCCAGAUGUGAAAUGACUUUCUAUCUUAUGCAGAACACAAAGAUUUUUAGAAGAAUAUUUCAGCUCUGUAGGUCCAUACAAUGCAAGUGAAUGGUGACCAAAACUUUUGUAGCUCCAAAAAUCCCAUAAAAGAAACAUUAAAGUAAUCCAUAAGACUCAGUGGUUUAAUCAAUGUCUUCUGAAGUGAUAUGAUAGGUGUGGGUGAGAAACAGGUCAAUAUUAAGUCCUUUUUUUAUACUAUAAAAUCUGCACUUUCACCUUCUUUUGUUUUUUUUGGCGUUUUGCAUUCUUAGUGCAUAUCACCAUCUACUGGUGGUCAAAGGUGGAGAUUCAUAGAUUUAUAGUAUGCAUUGUAUGGACCUACAGAGCUGAGAUAUUCUUCUAAAAAUCUUUGUGUUCUGCAUAAGAAAAAAUGUCUGAGAUCACAUCUGGGAUGGCAUGAGGGUGAGUAAAUGACAGAAUGUAUUUUUUUUUGGAUGUACUUUACCUUUAAGGAUACAUUAUUUUAUUGAAUAGAAGAUAAUUUUUGGAUUUCGGAGAUUUUUGGAUUAAGAGUGUGGCCAUAGUGUGUAUAGACUGUAGUUCAAUUUAAACCCUGACCUAGAGUCUUUAGAUCAGGAUUAUUUCUAAGGCACUGACAUUUUUUUUUUAAUUCUGUUUUUGUUUUGAAGCUUUGUUUUGAGAUUACGUUAAUUCACACAGCUAGUAAAAUAAUGAGAUUAUAUCAUAUAAUAGCUUUGAAUUUAACUUUAUCAUAUCGCAUUUUUUCCCUAAAUGUUUGUGAAAUAUGUUAUAUUGGCCGUUUCGCUCAUAAUUGAAGCGUGUACGUUUAGCCAUAUUGGAAAUAGUGGACACUCUUUAGGGUGUUUAUUGUUACGGAAUCUGAAUUCUGCCUCUGGAUAAACUAGAUCCAAAUCUAGUUUUAAACUUUGUAUUGUCUUUUGAGUCUCUUGAGACUGGACGGUCGGCUGUUUCUCCUUGUACAACACAUUUCUAUGAGCUUGUCCCCGAAUUUCUUUCUCAGUUGCUCACAUUUUUUAUUUAGUACGUGUUUUAGUUUAAUAGACCUGUUUGGCUGAUCUGAGACCAGUUUUGUGUUUUUUUUAUUAUGAUGGUUGGAGUUUGGGAAGGUAGGCCUGGUGUUAGAUUAGUAUGAGAAGGUAACUUGGAGCCAAAUGCCUCAGCUGGAACACAUCAACUGACAUUUUUGUACUAUUAAAAGAAUGGGGCGAAAUUCGAUUUAACAUGCAAGCUACUUAAUGGUCCAACUUUAAGGAGCAAUUAGUUGUUUUGUUUUUUAAUUGAGUGGUAUGCUUUGGGAUGAGCCAAAGGCUAAACUAAUAUAUAUAUAUAUAUAUAUACACACACACACACACACACACACCGUUGAAGUCAUAAGAUUACAUACACCUUAGCCAAAUACAUUUAAACCUGUUUUUUUUUCACAAUUCCUGACAUUUAAUUGUAGAAAAUAAAUCACUGUCUUGGGUCAGUUAGGAUCACUACUUUAAUGUGCAUUUAAGAGAGAUUUCAACUUUUAUUUCUUUCAUCACAUUUCCAGUGGGUCAGAAGUUUACAUACAUUUUGUUAGUAUUUGGUAGCAUUGCCUUUAAAUUGUUUAACUUGGGUAAAAUAUUUUGUCUUCCUCCAGCUUCUCACAAUAAGUUUCUGGAAUUUUGGCCCAUUCCUCCAGACAGAACUGGUGUAACUGAGUCAGGUUUGUUGGCCUCCUUGCUCGCUCAUGCUUUUUCAGUUCUGCCCACAAAUUUUCUAUCAGAUUAAGGUCAGGGCUUUGUGAUGGCCACUCCAAUACCUUGACUUUGUUGUCCUUAAGCCAUUUUGCCACAACUUUGGAGGUACAGUGCAUCCGGAAAUUAUUCACAGUGCUUCACUUUUGCCACAUUUUCUUAUGUUACAGCCUUAUUCCAAAAUGAAUUACAUUCAUUCUUUUCCUCAAAAUUCUACAGACAAUAUCCCAUAAUGACAACGUGAAAGAAGUUUGUUUGAAAUCUUUGCAAAUUUAUUUAAAAAAUUUUUUUAAAAAAAAUCACUUUUACAAAUAUUCACAGCCUUUGCUCAAUACUUUGUUGAAGCACAUUUGGCACCAAUUACAGACUCAAGUCUUUUUGUGUAUGAUGCUACAAGCUUGGCACACCUAUUUUUAGGCAGUUUCUCCCAUUCUUCUUUGCAGGACCGCUCAAGCUCCAUCAGGUUGGAUGGGGAGCAUCUGCACAGCCAUUUUCAGAUCUCUCCAGAGAUGUUCAAUUGGGUUCAAGUCUGGGCUCUGGCUGGGCCACUCAAGGACAUUCACUGAGUUGUCCCGUAGCCACUCCUUUGUUAUCUUGGCUGUGUGCUUAGGGUCGUUGUCCUGUUGGAAGAUGAACCUUUGCCCCAGUUUGAGGUCCAGAGCGCUCUGGAGCAGGUUUUCAUCAAGGAUGUCUCUGUACAUUGCUGCAUUCAUCUUUCCCUCAAUCCUGACUAGUCUCACAGUUCCUGCCACUGAAAAACAUCCCCACAGCAUGAUGCUGCCACCACCAUGCUUGGGAAAUUGAUUUGCACUUUUCGCACCUACGAACUACGUUCAUUUCUAGGAGACCGAAUGCGCCAUCUUCCUGAGCGGUAUGAUGGCUGCUUGGUCCCAUUGUGUUUAUACUUGCAUACUAUAGUUUGUACAGAUGAACUUGGUUCAGGCAUUUGGAAAUUGCUCCCAAGGAUGAACCAGACUUGUGGAGGUCUUGGCUGAUUUAUUUUGAUUUUCCCAUGAUGUCAAGCAAAGAGGCACUGAGUUUGAAGGUAGGCCUUAAAAUACAUCCACAGAUACACCUCAAAUUCAGUACACCUCCUAUCAGAAGCUAAUUGUCUAAAGGCUUGACAUAAUUUUCUGGAAUUUUCCAAGCUGCUUAAAGGCACAGUUAACUUAGUGUAUGUAAACAUCUGACCCACUGAAAUUGUGAUUUCAUCAAUUAAAAUUGAAAUAAUCUUUCUGUAAACAAUUGUUGUAAACAUUACUCAUGUUAUGCACAAAGUAGAUGUCCUAAAUGACUUGCCAAAACUAUAGUUUGCUAAUAUUAAAUCUGGAGUGGAGUGGUUAAAAAAUUACUUUUUUAUGACUUCAACCUAAAUGUAUGUAAACGUCUGACUUCAGCUCCGUGUGUGUGUGUGUGUGUGUGUGUGUGUGUGUGUGUGUGUGUGUGUGUGUGUGUAUAUAUAUAUAUAUAUAUACACACACAC